AUGAUCGCGGAUCUGGAAGAGCAUCGCGAAAAAGGCACCCUACCCAAGGGGGUCUAUCGCACCCGGAUCCCCCAUUGGCGCAUGCUCCUCGACCAAGGCGCCAUAAACGAAGAAAUCCUUGAAUUUGAAUACCCCGGCAGUGGCACCGAGGAGGAUCCGUAUGUGGUCUCUUGGAUUCCCAACGAUUGCCGCAACCCACUGCUCUUCAGCACGGCGCGGAAGAUCACCAUCACGCUGAUUGUCGCCUUCUCCACCUUGACCGUCGCCCUGACCUCGUCCACCUACAGCGGCAGCAUCAAGGAAAUUGUCGAGGAUCUCCAUGUCAGCUCGGAAGUCGCGACCAUCGGCCUGGCGCUCUUCGUGCUGGGCUUCGCGGUCGGCCCGAUCUUCUGGGCGCCGGUCAGCGAGGUCUUCGGUCGCCAAACCCCCUUCAUGGUCAGCUUCUUCGCGAUGACCGCAUUUUCAGCCGGGUGCGCCGGUGCGCAAAACAUCUGGACGCUGUGCAUCCUGCGAUUCUUCGCUGGAUCCUUCGGAUCCUCCCCGUUCACCAACGCGGGAGGCACGAUCUCGGACAUGUUCACCGCGCGGCAGCGCGGCCUAGCCCUAAGUCUGUACGCGGCCGCCCCCUUCCUCGGACCAGCCCUGGGGCCCAUCAUCGGCGGAUUCCUCGGGAUGAGCGCGGGCUGGCGCUGGGUGGAGGGGUUCCUCGCGUUACUGGCGGCCCUGAUCUGGGUCCUGAUGGCCGUCUUCAUCCCGGAGACCUACGCGCCCGUCCUCCUGCGGCAACGCGCCCGACGCCUCUCCCAGCUCACCGGCCGGGUCUACCGCAGCAAGAUCGAGCUCGACAAGGGCCCCGUCUCACUCCCGCGCCUCCUGAAGACCACGCUCUCGCGCCCCUGGGUCCUGCUCUUCCGCGAGCCGAUCGUCCUCCUCUUCGCCCUCUACAUCGCCAUCGUCUACGGCACGCUGUACAUGUUCUUCUCCGCCUUCCCGAUCGUCUACGAGGACAUCCGCGGCUGGAACCCGGGCGUCGGCGGCCUCGCCUUCUUGGGGAUUAUGGUAGGCAUGAUCAUCGGCGUCGGCGCCACCAUCCCGGCGAACCUGCACUUCAUCCAGGUCCAAGACCGGCACGGGGGCUUCGCGCCUCCCGAGGCCCGCCUCCUGCAGUGCAUGCCCGGCGCCCUUGCCAUCCCCAUCAGCCAGUUCUGGUUCGCCUGGACGGACUCCCCCUCCAUCCACUGGAGCGUGAGCAUCAUCGCCACCGCCCCGUUCGGCUUCGGCGUCAUCCUGAUUUACUUGGGGGUUAUGAACUACCUCAUCGACUCGUACACCAUCUACGCCGCCUCCGUGCUGGCCGCCAACACCGUCCUCCGCUCCAUCUUCGGGGCGGUCUUCCCCAUCAUCGCCCCUUACAUGUACAGCGGCGCGGGCAUCCACUGGGCCCCCUCCAUCCCGGCGUUUCUGAGUCUGUUGUGCAUGCCGGCGCCGUUUCUGUUUUAUAGGUAUGGGGCGGCGAUCCGGACGAAGUGUAAGUUUGCGGCUGAGUCGGAGCGGUAUAUGCGUGCCUUGCAGGAGAAUGCGGCAAGGAAGGCGCAGGUGGUUGAGACCGGGAGGCCGGUGGUUGGGGAGUCGGUGGUUUCGGCAGAUGGGGAGCCGGGUCCUGCGGAGGCUGUUGGGGGAGGAGGAGGAGGAGGAGGAGGAGGAGGAGGAGGUGCAAGUGAAAAGUGA